AUGGACGGUUCGUUGAUUCAGUUGCAUGAUUUACCUGAUGAAAUUCUUAUGAUUAUUUUGAAAAAAAUCUCCAAUGCCGAAGUACUCUACUCGUUCAUAGGUGUUAAUAAACGAUUGAAUGAAAUUGUACAUGAUUCAAUUUUUACGAAUUGUUUAACAUUAAUACGUGAUUCCUCUAAUAGUUUAUCUGAUCGAUUAAAUAAACGAAUACUUGAUCGAUUUUGUUUACAAAUUUUACCUUCGAUUCAUCAUAAAAUCAAAUGGCUCAAUGUUGAAUCACCAUCUAUGGAACCUAUUCUUCUUUCGACAAAUUAUCCCAAUUUAUAUGGACUUGGUAUAUAUCAUAUCGAGAAGGAAACUGCUUCACGUAUCUUUACUGAGGAAAGUCCUUUAAUUCAUAUAUUUCAAAAUCAAAUUUUAUCACUUGUUAUCGAUAUUGUUCAACGUAAAGAUCUAAGUUUAGCAGAAAAUGGCAAUGUACAUAUAUUUACACGUAUUUUAACUGUAAGUUCCAAGUUACAAUGUUUGAAUUUUGGUCCAUCUUUGUUUCCGUAUCAACGAUUAUUAUUUCGAAGUUUGACUCCAAUUGUUGUCAGUCCAACUCUAUUAGAAUUACGUGUCAGUGUGCAGAAUUUUAUCGAUUGUCUUUAUUUAGUUGAUGGUCGUUUCGAUCAACUUUGA